CGCAGUUUGAGACACUCUCUUAACAAUCACACACUCACGCGCGCGCACGUCUGAACCAAAAAAAGCACACUCCAAACUCCACCGGUGUGAGGGGUGGCGGGGAGGGGGGCAUAGAAAUGAGAUUUGAUUCCAAACGCGCACCGAUGGCGGUGUGAGGCGUUUGGCUGAGAAGUACGCACGGCGCUGUGGAUUUGUGAACCUUUUUUGUGCAUCUUCUUCCAAUCUGGAUCCUGGUUGAGGGGAAAUAAAUAAAGCUAUGGAUUACUCAGUCUGCCUACUUUUACUCCUUUCAACCAUUUCGUCUGUGUCGCGCGGACUAUUCCCAACACCGCAGAUAAUAAAGGAAUGGGUGGACCAGAUGCAAAAAGAGUUGAUCACAUUAACAGACACAUCCAGUGGUAUACAAAACCUAAUACAGAUAUAUGAUAACCACAGACCUCACUUCAGUGUUGGGUCCAACAAUGCAAGGGAACUGGUGGCGACAGCUGCUGGCAAUAUAGAGAGACUGCUGGCUAACCGCUCCGAAGCCCUAAAGAGGCUGGCAUCAGAAGCAGAAAGGUUACAAAUGGAGCACGUGUGGCGGGACGACAGUGAGGCCGACAAAAUUGUUUACUACAAUGCCAAAGAGGACUUUAACCAGACACAGACUAAGAAGAACCGAUAUGUUCCAGAUGAUUUCGAGAUAGACCCUGACUUCAAACGACUCGUCUCUUACAACACCACUGCCGUCCACAUCCCUACGGAUAUAUAUGAAGGCUCUACCAUCAUUUUGAAUGAGCUAAAUUGGACAGAGGCCUUGGAGGAGGUUUUCCGGAGCAACAAAGAGGAAGAUCCGUCACUCCUCUGGCAGGUGUUUGGCUCUGCCACCGGAUUGGCUCGGUACUACCCAGCAUCUCCUUGGAUCAACUCGAGCAAUUCGGCAAAUAAGAUCGACCUCUACGAUGUGCGCAGGCGACCGUGGUACAUUCAGGGGGCGUCGUCACCCAAGGACAUGCUGAUCCUGGUGGAUGCGAGUGGCAGCGUUUCAGGUCUCACCCUUAAACUCAUCCGAACGUCCGUCAGCAAGAUGCUAGAGACCCUCUCUGACGAUGACUAUGUGAACGUGGUCUAUUUCAAUGACAAAGCCACGUAUGCGUCAUGCUUUGAGAACCUGGUGCAGGCCAACGUCCGCAACAAGAGGAUGCUGAAAGAUGCUGUGCAGAGCAUCAGUGCCAAGGGUAUCACCAACUACAGAGGCGGCUUCGAGCUGGCCUUCGAGCAGCUCGCACAGAUGAAUGUGUCAAGGGCCAACUGUAACAAGAUUAUCAUGCUCUUCACUGACGGAGGAGAAGAGAGGGCAGAGGAGAUCUUUGAAAAAUACAAUCCUAAGCAAGCGGUGCGCAUCUUUACAUUUUCAGUAGGUCAACACAACUACGACAAAGUACCAAUACAGUGGAUGGCCUGUGCUAACAAAGGGUACUACUAUGAGAUCCCAUCUAUAGGUGCCAUCAGGAUCAACACUCAGGAGUACCUGGAUGUUUUGGGCAGGCCUAUGGUUAAGGCCGACAAAAAGGCCAAGCAGGUUCAGUGGACCAACGUCUACCUGGACGCACUGGAGCUUGGCUUGGUGAUCACUGGAACGCUGCCUGUCUUCAACAAGACCAACACAGGCUCAAAGAAAUCUCAAAACCAGCUCAUCUUGGGGGUUAUGGCUAUUGAUGUUUCCCUGGAAGAUAUUAAGAGACUGACACCUCGAUUUACUUUUGGACCAAAUGGCUACUACUUUGCUAUUGACCCCAAUGGAUAUGUGCUGCUCCACCCUAAUCUCCAACCAAUGACUGCCAAGUUUCAUGAACCUGUAACUUUGGACUUCCUGGAUGCAGAGCUGGAGAACGAGAUCAAAGUGCAGAUUAGAAAAGAAAUGAUUAGUGGUUCUACAGGGAAUUACACAAUAUCUACAUUGGUGAAAUCCCAAGAUGAGCGCUACAUUGACUUGGGUCAGAGGACGUACACCUUUGCACCAGUGAAGGGGACAGAUUACAGCCUGGCCCUGGUCCUUCCUGAGUACAGUAUGCAUUACAUUCGGGCCAAAAUCGGGGACACAAUUACCCAGGCAAAAUCGUUUUUGGGGAAAGAUGUUUCUGAAAGCUUGCUGGCAGACAAGUUUGAUGAAUAUGGCUAUACACUUAUUGCACCGAGGGUGUACUGUAAGGACUUAACACUUGACAAGAACAAAAGCAACACUGAGUUCCUCAUGGAGUUCAACAAUUACAUUGACACAAAGACUCCAAACAACCCCAUGUGUAAUGUGGAGCUGGUGAACCGAUUGCUCCUGGAUGCAGGCAUCACCUCGGAUCUGAUCAAGAUUUGGAAAGAGAGAGAGUUGCAGCACGGUGUCUUGGCCAGAUUUGUUGCCACCGAUGGAGGGAUCACACGGGUCUACCCCAAAAGUGCUGGGCUGUCCUGGAAAGAAGAAGCAGAGACAUACGAGUCAAGUUUCUAUAAGCGAAGUUUGGACAAUGAUCUUUACAUCUUUACUCCAACACAACCUAAAGAGAACACAAGUGACGACUCAGUCCUGGUGAGCAGAGCAGUAAACAUCGUCAUUGAUAAUAUCACACUCAAACCAGCUGUGGUCGGCGUGAAGUUGGACAUUAGUACCUGGAUGGCGAGCUUCAUCAACAGCACACAGAGGAUGAAUUGCAAUAAUGAGAUCUGCGGCUGUAAGAGAAACGAUGAGAAUGUAGACUGUGUCCUUCUGGAUGAUGGGGGCUUCCUGGUGAUGUCCAAUCAAGAUGAUGACAUAGCUAAGAUUGGCCGUUUCUUUGGCGUUAUCGACCCAAUCCUAAUGAAAGAUCUGGUCAACUCAUCCCUGUUCACCUUUAAGAAGACCUUCGACUACCAGUCGCUCUGUUACCCCAAGAAAGAGAGCAAAGCGGCUGCAGGCCUGCGAUCCGUCUACGUGCCCACAAUUGCAGAUAUUUUGAAUUUAGGAUGGUGGGCGACAGCUGCAGCCUGGUCAAUACUGCAACAGUUACUGGUCACCAUCACUUUCCCUAAUUUCCUGGACGCAGCCGAGAUGGAUGAUGAUGUGUCAGAUGCCAUGAAUAAAGAGGUUUGCAUCACAGAGCAAACUCAGUACUACUUUGAGACCAACAACCUGUCUUUCAGAGGCGACAUUGACUGCGGAAACUGCUCCAGGACCUACCAUGCUGAAAAGCUGCCCAAGACGAACCUGGUCUUUGUCAUUGCUGAUGCAAAACUCACCUGCUUGUUCUGUGACACCAAGCCAUUAAUACAGGAUGAACAGCAGUCUGAUGGCCCUGAUCCCUGUGAAAUGGCUCGCAAUCCUCGGUUCAGGAAAGGGCCCGAACUGUGUUUUGAUAAAACUGAAUAUGAGGAGGACCCUGACUGUGGCGGGGCAUCCGGCCUGAGCCCCUCACUUUGGCUAAUGAUGGCCCUUCAGCUGACGCUGCUCUGGGUUUUGACUGGCUCCAGACACCAUGCCGUCCCAUCAUGACCUCUGAAACAUCCUGAUCGCACCCCCGUCUCUCCCACACCGUUAUCUCCAAAAUGGCAACCAGCAUGCAACGCUGCCACCGAAAUGACAAUCGCCCGAUGAGAAGUGCUUGUAACAAACAAAAACCUGUGAGCCCAACAUCCUGCCAGUUUCUUCUUUUGAUACCUUCAUUUUCAGGGGUUGCUCAAAGUGAUUUCGCCGGGUGCAAGGAUACAAGUGAUGAAAGAAAUGCAUAUUGGAAGAUAUCGGUUUUAAAACUCGAUCCAAACCUAUCCUUCAUCCCUUCAAUGGUCUCAGCCAGUUGAUUAGAAGAAUCCAGAGAUUGAUUUUGAUUGGCAAAUUCUGAACUUUCCCAGGCUUGAUGUCAUUGAUGAAAGAGAUUGGACUGCCUUAUAGUUUCAAGGGGAAUUAAAUCACCAUAGGGGGGGGACUAUUUAUUGAAGAUGUUGAAGUUUUAUUCACCACUGCCAGAAACAGCGCUGCCCUUUGCAAGCGUACAGUUUAUUUUGAAUUGAUUUGCAGUGGUUGCUAGUUAUUAGGUAUUUAUUGUUUUGUGGUUGAGAAUUCGGCUAAGAUUGCAGUAACAGAUGCCAAAUUUUUAGAUCACAAGCUUGUGCCCUCCAUUUGCCUCCAUUGGACUGCUGAUAAUAACAGUCUGAUACUGAGAUAGCACUACCCAGAGCAUUUUCACAGUGUCUCUAAGGGUUCACAAGAUGCAUCGUCUUCACUUUCGCCCCAGUGUUCUUUCAUGUAGAUACUGUAUUUGCAGUGUAGAAAUCAUGUUCAUUGUUAUGUUUAUGCACAGAAACCAACCUUUCAACUGCCACAGAGCACCUGCUUCUGAGUGUACGGAUUUUAACUUUGUAGCUGAUCAUCUAACCAUCAGUCCUGAUCAAGAGUGGUAAAUUAUCUGGAUUUCCCGCCUUGAUGUUGGAUUGCUCCAAUGAAAACUUUGUUGCCAUAGUGCGCAUUAAUCAGUCAGGGUGAGCCUGGCUGGUGUCCUAUGCAUGCUCACUGGACAAAAUCUCUAGUGCCAUGUGAACUGUAUGACUCAGAUGAACCCUUUAGCUUCCUUAGGCUGUGGCUACUGAAUGGAAGUGUUGUAUUUAUUUGUUUUUCUUUCUAUUGGUUAUUUGAAUCAAGUGUCAGGGCAGUAUGCUACUGUUUGUUUUAUCGCCACCACUAAAGAAAAUAAAUGAGGGGAAUAUAAGAGUUUGUAAUUGACAUUUUGGUCAACAAAACAGGAAAAUUUGUAUUCACUGCUGUCACUUUUAAAUUAAAUGACUACUAUCUGCACUGCAGUUCAAAGUGCAGCUGUUAUGUGUCUUUAAGUCUGGUCUCCUGACAGCCUCUGUCUCUGUGUAAUAGUGAGGUUUCCUCUUGCAGUUUAUUAUACUGUGGAAUGAUAUAAUUUGCAGCAGAAAUCACUGCAGCCAGUCUCUGCUUAUGGUCCUAUCUACUGCUGUAUUGUUGUAUUCAUCUUGUUUCAUUUUGUGUGCCUUCUUUUCCAUUGGUUAAAUGCAUUAAACAUAACUAAUGUAAACUUA